CCCUCCCUUUCUCUCCGCUCUCCUCUUCUCCUCGCUAACUUUGCCGAGCCGGGCCGGUGCAGAGCUCGGGUGGCGGACUGCGGACAGAGGACUGAGCGGGAGGCUCUGUUUCCCACUUCAGACCUCAACCCCCAACCUCUGUCCCAGCUCCGUGCUGCAGUCCUUGCUUUCCCCGCACUUCCCGGAGAAGACAGGACGAUGCCCAGGGCUGGGUACCAAGUCCCAAGCGCGGCGAGAUGGUUGGGCACCGGGCUUUUGGGAGUAGCUUUCCUCCUGUUCCCUUGUUCCCUGACACUGGAGGUAUCUGUGGGAAAGGCGGCCACCAUAACAGCUGUAAAUGGAACCAAUGUUCUGCUGCCUUGCACCUUCUCCACCUGUAUGGGCUUCGAAAACCUUCAUUUCUGGUGGACGUUCAAUAACUCAGAGGAAUUCAAGAAUCUACUUGAUGGGACGGUGAAGAAUGAAAAGUCAGAACCAAAGAUUAGGUCGAACAUUGACCCGUCGCGCAUUGAGAUGGCCGGUUCUGUCAAGGAGAAAAAGAACAACAUCUCGAUUUUGAUCCUUAACCUGGAAUUCUCGGACAAGGGAAAGUACACCUGUCGUGUGAAGAAUCCUAAGGAGAGGAACGCCCAGCAUGAAGCUACUAUCUCUCUCAUUGUUGUUGACAAGUUGGUGAAAGUAGACAACACCGUGACAAUCAUCAUCGUCUCAGUUGUGGGUGGUGUCAUUGGACUUCUUAUUGUCAUCAUGUUGAUUAAGAAGUUUGUUACUUUCAUCAUUAAGAAGACUCAAGAGAAGAAGAAGGAGUGCCUCGUGAACUCAUCAGGGAAUGACAACACUGAGAACGGGCUGGCUGGCUCCAAAGCAGAACAGAAAGCAACCCCAAAGUUGUAAGCCUCUGGCCUUGAGGCCCUGGGGGAUACUGCAGUCAAUACCACAACUACAGAGUCUCUAUUUUUGUGAACAAAACUGAUGCUUGGGCCGUGUUUAUAGAACCCACGUGCCUGUGACGCCUGCUGCUUAGCUCAGACUGGAAUCGCCUAGGGGUGGGGAGCAAUGGGACCUGCUUAGACCAGCUCCCUUAGCUGUCGCCUCUCACUCCUUUUCCCUCUUUUCUCCUCCUUCCAGGGAUGUAGAUAAGUCAGGCAAAGAAGGAGAGAGGGGGCCAGGGGAAGUCCUGUGGUGGAGGGGGUGGAAGAGGGCAGGGAGGAGUACAAGAGCACUGUGUGGGACCCAGAGUUGGGAUGGCAUUAGAGAAUGGGCCACCCUGAGGCUCGGGUGUGUGUAUAGGAGGAUCUUCUCUUCCAGUUACCCCUCUCCACCCUGAUCUUUCUUCCCUGAUAUCUGAGAACCCCUUCCCCCUACACUGGGAAUGGGCAAAGCGAAUGCUCUGGUCCUGUCACAUCCCUUGCCUGAUCUGCAGACCUUGUCUUCCUGGUCAAGGCAGGACCAUGGCCAGUUCAUUGGGAGCUCCAAUUAUGGAUCUACUUCCCACCAGGAUUUCUUCCCUUUUUUUCCCCACAGCAAGAGGUGUCAAUCUUGCUUGGGGCUCUGAGUGCCUGUCUUUUUUUGUCUCCUUUCCCCCUCUCAUAGCACUCCCACUCCAUUCUGAUCCCUUUUAAUGGCUUCUUCUUUUCCUUCAUUCCAUUCACCCCCUACCUCCAGAGGCCUAUUCAGUCCUUCCCCGCAUCCAAGUAAAGGACUCAUUUUCUCUGGGUACCCUAAGAUCCUUUCUAUGGAGCUGGGGGGAGGGACAUGGGAGAGUCUUUAUGGUGCCAUGGGGGCAUUUGUAGCCCUAAAUACCAAACUCUGGGGAUACAGGUCAACUGGGCAGGAUUCAUCUUUGUUGUGUGUGGGGGCACAUGGGGUUAGAGGAAUGGAUUGGUUUAGGUGUUGGUGCUUCUAGGUGUUGGACUUUGGGGAUGUAGCCUCCUAUUUUGUGGGAUAACUGGUCUACUCUCACCCCAGCCUGCAGCCUCAUAGCCAGAUUUGGGAGGAGAGGUACAUGGGGCAUUCUCUCAUUGCUUCAGGUCAAGUUCUCUCUCAGAAAUGGAGAAGUUUCACUUGAGAUGCCUGAGUAAGGAGUUCUGAGCUGUGUUACCCUACACCUUGGGUCAUUGGCA